CUUUCCUAGAUUCGUCGUUCCUCGGCGUCCAUGGAUCGUUCGGAUCUGAUGGAGAUGAUGCCGAACGAGAAAAAGGAGAGCGAAGAUCGGCCGGGGAACGAGGCGAAGCGAGGAGAGAGGAACCGGUUGGAACGCCCCACGCGCCAGACCAAACCGGGGCAAAACGGAACUUCGAAUCGCGCAGACGACCAGGAAUCCGCGAGGGAGAUCCCCGACGCCCUGAACGAUCCCGAGACCGGGGAGAAGAUGAGAGACUCCGAGAGGAGCGAGAGCGGGUCGGCACCGCCGCACGGCAAGUACCGACUGCUGCUGAGAUCCGUGAUGACCUGCCUCUCCUCGAACGCCGUCCUCUGCGCCCUCGUGGCCGGGUACGGACUCCUGGGUGCCUUCGUCUUCCAGACCCUGGAGGCGGAGUACGAGGUGGUCGUCCGCGAACGGGGGGCCCGGCUUCGCUCGCAGACGCUCGCCUCCAUGUAUAACGCCACCGCCCAGAUGAACCUGCUGAAGGAAGGAAACUGGACGGCGGAGAUGACCGUGCUCCUACGGCAGUACGAGGAGGCGCUCCUCACGACGGCCUCGCGGGAGGGAUUCGACGGGCUGGACCCCGACAGCGACGAUCGCAAGUGGAGCUUCUCCGCCGCCCUCUUCUUCUCCGUCGCCGUCAUGACCACCAUCGGUUGGUUCCACGGAAAAUCCAUCUAA